AUGGAAGCAUUAGAUGUCCAUGAAACUUUGGAGAAUAGAUCAUAUAAUAAAUCUGAUAACGAGGAAAGAAAAUUCGAUUAUUAUUAUAACUCCGGUGUGAAAACAAGCGGCAAUCUGAUGGGCUUUGUAUUUCCAGGAAGUCCUAAGGCAAUGCAAUCUUUAAUAUUUAGAAAUAAAAAUAAUGUGGAUAAUACGGAUUCAAAUGAUAAGUUUAGAAAUGCAUUAGAAAAAGCAAAACAAUUCGAUCAACAAAAUGGAAUAACAUAUUCAGACGUUGAUGACAGUUUGUACGAUGAGAAUCUACUCCCUUAUAAUAAUAGCAUUGAUGAAGAUACUGAUAAAGAGCUAUCAGAUAAGCGAGAAGGUGAAGAGGUACAAAAUCGGGAAGAUAGUAGUAUAUCACAACCCGUCUUAUCUCCAAAAUCACCAACACAAAAAUUGCACGAUAAUUCAGAACUGGAACAAUCAACACCUAUAAAUUCACCAACGAAUCAUUCAAGAAAUACGAAUAUGAAAUCACCAAUAAAUUCACAUGCAAAUUCGAGUUCUCUAGGAAUGGAAUCCUUUAAACAAUCAAUUAAAAAUGUGAAAGAAGAAAAUAAUGAAUUAAAAAAAUUAUUAGAAGAAAAAGUAAUUGAAAAUAAUCGAUUAAACAGCGAUAUUCUUAAUUCUAGAAAUUCUAAUCUUGUAUUACAAAAUAAAUUAGUUGAUGGAAGUGAUGAAAUAACGAAUCUUCAAGAUGAAGUUAAUAUUCUAAAGGACAAACUUUCAUACUUCGAAGCAGAUAAUAAAAUCUUGAAAAAUGAUAUUUACUCUUUGGAAUCCAAUUAUGAUGAAUUGCAUCGAGAGUUAAAUGAAUGGGAAACAAAAGUCAAAACAUUGAAUAAAGACAUACAAUAUUUACAAGGCACUAAUGCCCAAUUAUCAGCCACUAAUGCGACAUUAUCUGAAGAAAAAGAAGCUUUGACAAAGGAAAAAGAAAUUUUACUCAAUAAUAAUGAUAGUGUAACUAAAUCGAAUAAUAAUUUAAUUGCAGAAAAAGAACUUCUUGUUUCAGAAAGGGAACUUCUCAUUUCAGAAAAAGAAGCUUUAACGAAGGAAAUAGAAGUUUUACUCAAAAAUAAUGAUAAUAUUACUAAAUUAAACAACAGUUUAAUUUUAGAAAAAGAAACAUUGCUCCAUGAAAAUGAAGAAAUUACUAAAGCAUAUAAUAAUUUAAUUUCUGAAAGAGAUGAUUUGUUGAUUAAAGAAAGAGAAUUACAUCAUAAUAAUUCAACUCUGUCGAGUGAAGUUGGUGAAUUAAUCAAAAAACAAACUGAUCUGGAAACAGAACUGCAAGAAAAAUGUACCACUAUCAAAAACAUGACCUCGCAAGUAAAAUACUUUCUUUCUGAGUUCAAUCAUUUUAAAAAGUCAUCUGAAGUACAAGAAACCUCUAAUAUUGAAUCAACUGAUUUAAAUGAUAUUGAAGUAAACGAUGAUGAUAUGACAGUUCUUGAAAUGCAAUCAUUAUUUAAAAGAACUUUAGAGUUUAUUAAAAACCAUCAAACCGAAUAUAGAUAUCAAAUAUCAACAUUAUCUACCACAAUAGCACAAAAUAUGGAGAAGAAAGAUUUAGAACAAAAGAUAUUGAAUGAAAAAUUAAUCGAUAAAGAUAAUACACUAGAGGAAUUUAAAUCCCGACUUUCCAACUACAUGAGCAAACUAGCUGAAUUAGAAGCCAGAUUGGAUGAAAUUAACAAAAAGGAAAGCAUAACAACAAAUAAAUUGAUUGAUGAAUUAAAUAUAAAAAAUGAUCUCAAUAUUAAAAUAAAAGAACUAGAAAAAUAUGUAACAGAGAAACAAGAUCAAAUCGAUUCGCUCUCCAAAGAUGCUAAAGAAUUGAAUGAGAAAAUAGUCGAAAAGGUCGCUAGGAUUAAGGCUUUAGAAGCUAACCUUGAUACAUCAACAAAUAAUUAUGAAAAUAUGCAACAGCGUGUUAACGAAUUGGAAGAUGAGGAGAAAUAUAACAUUGAGUUAUCUUCGAAAGUUGCACAUUUAUCAUCUGAACUGGAAGGAUUGAGAAAUCAAUUAAAUGAGGAAAAGAUAACAGCCACUAAGCUAAAGUCAGAAAAAGAGACACAAAAUGAAAAGUUUACCGAGUUACUUUCUUUUAUCACAGGUUUUGAAAUAUUUAAUUUAACAAUUGGAGCUUUAAUAAUGAAGGCUUAUAAAGAUAAAGAAAAGAAAUUAUCUGAUGCAAAAUUUAAUGAAUAUAUCUCGAAUGAUGAAAAUCAUAGUUACAUUAUUGGUUUCAAAAAUAGAGAGGAUGAGCACACAAUGCAUGAAUUACAAAAUAACUUAACAGAAUCAGAGAAAGAGGUGUCCAGAUUAAGGGAUACUAUAGAUACAGAAUUAAAAACCAAGAUAAACGACUUAACUUCUAAAUCAAGAGAUUUAGAAAUAGAAACAAAGGAACUUAAAACCGAGAUAGAAAAGAAAAAUAACAGAAUAGAUGAAGGGAUAUGUGAAAUUCGUGAUUUAAAAACUCAGACUACCCAAUUAAUGAAUGAAAGAAAAUUAUUAACUCAGAAAAACAUUGACUUAAGUACAGAAUUAACUACUGUAAAGGGAAAUAUUAUUGAUAAUCACGAAAUUAAAUUGCAAGAGUUGGCGGAAUCUUUGAAUAAAAUUAGCACACGCAGUGAUUCUUUACAAAAUCAAUUAAGUACAAAAGACGAAGAGAUUGUUGAAUUGAAAAAAAAUAUAACGGCCAUUGAACUAAUAAAUAAUGAACAAAAGGAUAAAUUCGAAAGUCAAACAACCGUAUUGAAUAACUUAAAGAGUAAAAUACGUAAACUUGAAGGUAAUAAAUAUGAAAAGGUUAUGUUUGAUAGCAUUAGUAAAACUCACCCUGGGAUAACGAAAAAAAAAUAUGAUGACUUGCAUGUGGAUAAUGUGGAUUCAAUUGAUAUGGUGCAAUUGCAAAAUAUAGUUAAGAAUAUUAUUUUGCUAUUUGAAAUACCAUUGUCAAAAUUAACUAAGAAGUUACCAUUAAUCGCGAUUUAUAUUAAAUAUGAAAGGACAUUCCUUUUGAAUUUUGCUAACCAACUACAUUAUCAAAUAUAUAAUGAAACUAUAGAUAUUAAACGUUUCAUUAACAUAGUAUACACACAGUAUAUUGAUGGCAUAAGUUUAGAAAACUUAGAUCAUCCACUGGAAUCCUGUUUAGAAGAUCUCUACAUAAAAAUCAAAACAAGGCUAUAA